CUUGGCUAUUAUCACUUUUCAGAAAAAAAAAAAAAAGGAAAGAAAUGGCUAAGUGUUUCAGCUUUACUGCAACGCGGGACUGGUGCUACCGUUACAGCUUCUCCAACGCUGGCCUGCGAUCAUCGACGACGGACCUCGGAGACGGCACCGUCAUGCACGUUUGGGCACCCAAAGCCCAUAUUCAAUCCAAGCCCACGUUAGUCCUCAUCCACGGCAUAGGUGCCAAUGCAAUGUGGCAAUGGAACGACUUCGUUUCCCCUCUCAUGUCCGGCUUCAACGUCUACGUCCCGGACCUCCUCUUCUUCGGAGAAUCCUAUACGACCCGACCCGAAAGGUCGGAGCAGUUCCAGGCCCAGUGUGUCAUGCGGGUCAUGGACGCCUAUGGUGUUACGGUUAUGAGCGUUGUUGGGAUUAGUUAUGGCGGCUUUGUUGGUUAUAGUAUGGCUGCGCAGUUUAAGGAGAGAUUGGAUAAGUUGGUGCUAUGUUGCGCUGGGGUGUGUUUGGAAGAGAAAGAUAUGGAGAAAGGGAUGUUUAAAGUGAAGAGUGUGGAUGAGGCUAUUAGUAUGUUGUUGGCCCAAACGCCAGAUAAGAUGAGGGAGUUGAUGAAGAUUUCGUUUCAUAAGCCUACUAAAGGAAUUCCUUCUUGUUUUUUAAACGAUUUCAUCCAUGUCAUGUGCACAGAAUACCUGCAAGAGCGAAAAGAGUUGAUCCAAGCAUUACACAAGGACAGAAAACUAUCAGAUCUGCCAAAGAUAACCCAGCCAACACUAAUAAUUUGGGGAGAACAUGACCAAAUAUUCCCUUUGGAAUUGGGACACAGAUUGAAAAGUUUAAUUGUGAUCUUAUGCUGCCAAUGCAGGCAUCUGGGAGACAAUGCAGAACUAGUGAUCAUAAAGAAUGCAGGGCAUGCCAUCAAUGUAGAGAAGCCUAAAGAGCUAUACAAGCAUAUGAAAUCUUUCCUUAUUAAUCCGCUUCCUCCAGUUAAGCAAGGAAACUACAGCAAUGACCGUAAAACAGAUUGAGAGGUAAGCAAAAGACUGAAGAUAACCCAGGAGUUGUUGGUUUCUCACAUAAGCCUUCAUUUUGGGGAUGUGUUGUGUUUUGUGGAUGAAUAUGAAACAGGAAAUAUGUUUUGGGCCUUCAUAAAACAUUAUAUUUAAAGUUUGUGACAUUACUCAAUUCUUAUAGUUAUAUAUAAAUAAACUUAUGAUGAUGGGAAUUUAUGAGCUAUCACCCCCUGGAAGGUUAGCAAGUUAGCAAGUUAGCAAGGUUGCUUAUGGAGUCUAAUGCCACAGGUGAACUCUUGGUUUGAUUGUUUUCCAUUGCCAGGGAUGAAUUUACCAUUGGCUGGUGCUUGCUGCUUCCUUUAAUUGGUGUCCAGCCAUUUUGCAGGAAAUUUCAUGACUUUUUAUCACCAUUUAUGUUGAAUGUCCCUGCCCAUCUUUCCAUAUCUUUUCUGUGUAACUAAUGUGCUGGUUAAAUAUAAUUGUACUGAGUUAUGUUCAACUUUUUUCAAUGGUAUCAAAUGUAAUCCUUCCGGCCA